UUCUGGAGCCAGAAAGCAAAAGAGAUAUCGGAAAAGUUAUGGCUACCAGAUAAACAUGAUUUGAAAAAAUCGAAUCUAAAUUCUCAUUCUUGGUUCAAUAUCAAGAAGUUAGAACAAGUAUUUCUAAAGAACGUAGAAGUUCCGAUAAUAUCAAGACAACAACAAAAUAUUAUCGAUUCAGAAGAUGAUAGGUUGAAAUGCAGAAAAAUUCGCAUAUACCCAAACAAAAAGGAAAAACAGACAUUGAAAAAGUGGAUCGGUGAUGCAAGAUGGACGUACAAUCAAUGUUUGGAUUCAUUAAAUGAUAUCAGAGAUAUGAAGACUAAAAAGGAAAAGAUCCAAUAUAUGCGACAGAAACACAUUGUGUUAGAAACACCAAAAGCGAUAAGGGAUGCAGCGAUGAUGGAUCUUUUCAAGAAUAUUAAAUCUAAUCAUAUAUUGAAAAGAGCAAGAUUCAUUUUGAAAAAACGUAGAAAGAAAGAUGUAAAUCAAUCAAUAACCAUACAAGUUGAGAAUAUCAGGUGUAAGACUGGGAUGUAUAGUUUUGUAAAAAAGAUAAAGACGAAAGAAAAAAUACCAGAGAUAAAACAUGCUCUUAAUAUAGUCAUGAACAGAUUGAAACAUUUCUAUAUCUGUAUCUCUAUCGAUAUCGAGAAGCAUGAAAUUGUGAAUGAAGAUAUCAUAUCUCUUGAUCCAGGAGUUAGAACAUUUAUGACAGGAUAUGAUCCAAAAGGAAAUAUCUUGGAAUUCGGAAACAAGGACAUUGACAAGAUACAGGAAAAAUGUCAGAGAUAUGACAAAUUACAGAGUUGUAUGAAUCAAGAACUUGAUAAAAGACUCUCAUCACAAGAUUGUGAGAUAUAUUUGUCAGAAUUACCAGACUGUGUUAGUAUGCUGACAUGGAGUCAUUACAAGUUCAAAAUGUUUUUAAGGCAUAAAGUCAGAGAAUAUCCAGACAUGAACAUGAUCGAAUAUACAGAGGAAUACACUAGUAAGACAUGUACGAGAUGUGGGAUCAUUAAUGAGAAGUUGGGAGGGUCAAAAAAUUUUAAUUGCGGUUCAUGUGGUCUUAAGAUAGAUAGGGAUCAUAACGCAGAAAGAAUUACUUUAUUUUUGGAUAAUAUAACAAAGAUAAUUAAAAAUAAAUCUGAUAAAGAAAAUAAAGAUAUGAAUGAUGACGAUUAUCUUUCAGAAGGUGAGAAAAGAGUAUUUUUAAAGAUUGUGGAGAAACGAGAUAAAGAAACUAUUAAAAAGAUAAUAGAAGAUCAUGUGGAAAAAGGUUCUAUCGUACAUACCGAUUGCUGGGGAGGAUAUUUGGGUAUCGAAGAUUUAGGUGUCGCACAUGAAACUGUGAAUCAUUCGAAAAAUUUUACUGAUCCAGAAACUGGUGUAAAUACAAAUAUGAUAGAAGGUUUGUGGAACGGUAUUAAAUUACAGAUUGCACCGCGUAACAGAAACAAGAAUUUAAUCAAUGAUCAUUUGUUAGAAUAUAUUUGGCGCAGGAUAAACAAAGAUAAACUUUGGGAAGCGUUUAUUUACGCAUUACGUUCCACUGCUUAUUAUGACAAUAAAUAA